AUGAGGCUGUGCCCCAAGUACACGAGCAAACUGCUGGCUUUGGAGUGCAAGGAUAAAGAUGACAAUGAUACCUACAGGACCUACAUAGAAAAGUAUAAGACUUUCGAACAUCGUGAAUGGAAGAACUUGUGCGGCUUUUUGUGGAAGACUUUUGAAACUGAGAAAUCUACGAACAACUUUGACAUGACGGCGUUGUACAAAUUAUUUUGUAUCGUUUCGAAAGUUAAGCCCAUAAAAAGCACUUCUCGAGAACUGUUGAAAAAAGUAGAAGCAGUUAAAAACGUUAGGAAUGAUCUUAUGCAUAAUGCGGAUUCGAUGAAGGAUCCCAGUAAGGUGCCUGAAAUCGAAACUAAAUUGACCGAGCUGAUUGAUGAAGGAGGAAAGUGUUAUGCCCUUCUUCCAGAUGAAACGAAGGACAUGAAAGACGAGCUGCAACAAGAUAUGAAAAACAGCUACAGUCCGGGUAGAAGUGAGCUGGCUCACGUGACAUAUCGUGUACUUACUGAAGGAAAAAGAAUUUCAAACGAUCGUUUUCAGAAAUACUUCAACGAAAAUCUGCCUUUAGACCUUGGCUGCGUGGAAAGAUCAGAGGUAUUUUAUUCGCCUAAAGUGGCACCGUGCGGACAAAACAAAAAUCCUCUUCCUUACACCAGAAUCUUUGACUCGCAGGAUGGAGUUAUACUUCUUGAGGGUGUCGUAGGGGCGGGUAAAACGAACGUGCUCAAGAACAUUGCUCUACAGUUUUCUGGAUCGCGGUUCCCAAACUUUUUGAAGGAAUUUGAAAUUCUUGUCUACAUCGAGUGCAGAGACAGAACCAUGAGCAGUUUGCAGCAAGUCUUCAUGAAGCACUUUGAAGGCUUGUUUACUGAACCAGGUGAGAAAGCCAGCAUUUCGCAAGCUCUGAAGCAGCUUCACGUGUUGUUCCUGGUCGAUGGGUUCGAUGAGCGAAACGAAAUGUCAAUGACUGUUUUAUGUGAGCUCCUGAAAACGGAAUGGCACUCUAACUCUCGAAUUCUGAUCACAAGUCGUCAUCAAGCCUUCAAAGACGUCAAAGAAUUUAUCACAAACAAUGACGCCACCUUCACCGAGUACCGUCUUGCUCCUCUCUCUGAGCUACAAGAGCAGUUGGAGUUCAUCGAAAAAUAUGGACGCAGUCUGAACAAGGAUCCUGCGCGGGCACGCGCGAUGCGAGAACGAUUUGCCAGACUUGACCCAGAAUUACAGAAAUUUUUCACUGAGCCCAUAAAUUUGCUGCAUUUCUGCUCAAUUUUUAAUAAGACUCCGAAAAAUAUUGACCGAUGGAGAAGCUUCAAUGACUUGUCGAGAGACGUAUUAGCUUUACAAAAAACAGUCGUGGCAGCAAAACUCUGCGAUAUCGCUGUCCUAGAUAAAGAUGUUCUUAUCGAUGACGUGCUCAUGGUCGUUGGCGAGUGGGCGCUGGAGUUCCUCUCACACAACCAAGUCACUUUCACUGACGAAGAGCUGCUACGCCUGAAGCGUCAGUGCCGUGACAAAAUCAGGGCUCACUGCGCCAGCGUUGCAGUUGACACUGGAGUGUUCCUCAGCGCCAUGCUUAAAGUGAAGCCAUCGCUAUCUGGAGGAACAACCAAUUCUUUCGAACACAAGUCGGUCCAAGAAACAAUGGCUGCACAUUACGUUGUUGGGCGUUUAAUCGACACGGAAGAACCUCUCAAACAGAUCCUAGGAACUACGAGCUCAAGCCUCCUGGAGGUGCUGCUGUACGUGGUGGCGGCCCUCAGCACCCGCAGCCCCCACCACUUCCAGCGGCGGUGGGGGGAGCUGAAGGAAGCGCUGCGCGACGCCGGCGUCGAUUACGGCAAAGGCACCGGCGACGACGUGAGGGACUGCAUCGUGCGCUGCCCUGACCACGUCGCGGGGCUGGUGGCCGAGCUCGCCGUCUUGGCGGGGGGCGGGAUCUGGCGUGUCAAGGAAG